UAACAGCUAUUAUCAUUUCUAAUAGUAUUUCUUAAUUCUUCUUCUUGUGUUUAUUUGGGACUACCCUCUAAGUAUUACAAAUUGCAAUGGAGUUGAAUUUGGCAUUGAGUACUGCACGCGGAAGAAGUUGUAGACGUGGCCGGCCUCGGCUUGAAGGAUUUUGUGGCGACGUUAGAUUGAGAGAAACUCGCUGUUCCUACUUUCUCAAUCUCAUCCUUCGAGGUUUGAGCCCAGAUGAAAUAGAGGUGGAGAUGGAUAAGGAUCGGGGUCUCACAUUACGUGGAGAGAGUUAUUGCAAAGAGGUGGGAAUGCUUAAGUGGAGGUGGCACCUCAUGUCUAAGAAAAGAAGUCCUUUCAAAAUUCCAGAGGAUGUCAACGUGGGCGCCACAAGAGGUAGCUUCGAGCGACACAUUUUGCAUCUUGUCAUGCCCAAAUUCAGGCACAACAGAUUCAGUCCUUACCAUGUCAUUCAAAUUCAUCGUGAUGCCCACCAAAUGAAAUCACAAGCUGCUUCAUCUCCGGCUGCUGUGAAAAUGGACCAUUCGUCAUCAGCUUGUUCUGAUACAAGUGAAAUCAUUAACAAGGACACAAUCUGUUCUUCUAAGAGCUAUGUGUCAAAUGCGCAGGGAAAAAUGCUACAAUAUCGCAGGACUAGAAGGAGAAGUAUAAAGAAAAUCACCGCUAACAGCCAAAACGUAGAAUAGCAGUGAAUUUGUUAUUCGUGGAUCACAACCAUUCUUUGUAUAUAAAAUACUCAGUCUCGCCUUGGCACUAUGUCUCCAAGGAUGUCUCAAGCAUGGGAUAGUCCAUGCCUUGAUUGUAUAUUGCCCUCUGUAUAAAUACCUAUUUUCUAUGUUAUUUAUUAAUCUCAAA